AUGGAUCUAAAGGCAGAACAAAAAUCAGAUAAUAUGAGCUCUCUAAAGAUGUCGAAGACAGAGCAAAGCAAAAUGGCGACGAGGAUUAAAAUAGCAAAAAAAACAAUGUCAGUGGGAAAACUAAGUGAGUUUGACGUGCAAGAGGGCAAUUGGAAGUUAUAUAUAGAUCGGAUGGACAUGUAUUUCAAGGCAAAUACGGUUAAAGAUGAACUGAAAGUACCGACACUUAUAUCGGUGGUUGGUGACGCGGCCUAUGAACUUAUGGUGAAUUUGUGCAGUCCGAGUAAACCGUGUGAGAAAACAUACAGUGAACUAGUCUACACAGUGCAAAAGUUUUUACAACCGAAACCGUCGGUGUUGGCGGAGCGAUAUAGGUUUAGACAGUGUAGGCAAAGUAACGGUCAGUCAGUUGCACAAUAUGUGGCGCAGUUAAAGAAAAUGGCGGCCAAUUGUGAAUUUAAUUUAAAUUUUAAUGAAAAUAUGAGAGAUCAAUUUAUUUGUGGAAUAUUAAGCGACGGAAUCCGACAAAGGCUGUUUGCAGAGGAGAAGAUAGAUUUUGAAAGAGCACUUUCAUUGUCGUUGUCUUUGGAGGCGGCGGAGCGGGACGCUCAGGUUGUCGAGAAUAAGGAAGAAGGAGUUUCAUACUCGUAUGUUGCAAGGCAGGGCAAUAUCACAACGCGAAAUAAACUUCACGAGUCCAGUUGUUGGGGGUGUGGUGACAUCCAUCACACGUAUAAACAGUGCAAGUUCAGAGACUAUGUCUGUAGCCGUUGUAACCAAAAGGGACAUCUACGGAGAGUAUGUCCAGUAAAAGAACAAGGGUUAUAUGGAGAUGAUGCGGCGUGGACGGCUGGGCCCCGAUAUCGCGUUCAGCGGGGAGCUAAUAUCCAGCGCGGAAGGGGCGUCCAACGUAAUCAGGAGAUACGGAGCCGGGGGCGCGGUUAUGGCACCGGAAACAAUGCGAAGCGACUCGAUAGCAAGGAAACUAGCCAGGCCCGGGCGUAUUGGGUGCGUGAGGGUUUCGAUGCGGGUCAUCAGAUGGAACAUCUGGAGGAAGCUGACGGUAACGCGUCUGACAGUGAUGAAGCAGUAUAUCAGAUGUCUUUAGGACAAUAUAAACCGGUAAGCGUGACAGUUUGCAUUAAUAAUCGAGUCAUCACCAUGGAAGUCGACACGGGAUCGGCUUUGUCGUGCAUAAGUGAAAAAAUAUAUUCUGAAGUGUUCGAGAAUGGGUUGGGGUGUUAUACGGGCGAAUGCGCCGUUUUGCGCCUGCGGCCGCAUGCGCAGCCCGUAUUCUGCCGGGCGCGACCGCUGCCGUAUGCGUUACGAGAGCGGGUCGACGCCGAGCUAGAUGCUAUGCUGAGCGCCGGCGUCAUCGAGCCCGUCGACCACUCUGAUUGGGCUACACCGUUAGAGGGCGAACAGAAGAAGAGCAUAUUAAAAGUUUGA